AUGGACGUCCAAAUAUCGAAACAGUUUGUCCCACCUCAGUUCAAAAUAUACGACGGAACUACGGACCCGGAGGCCCACAACAAAACCUUUUCGAACGCAAUGGCGUUCCGAACGGGCAAUGACGCCAUUUGGUGUCGAGCAUUCUCAUUAUCUUUGGAGGGGGAAGUGCUUGAAUGGUUUAACUCACUCCCUCCCAAUUCCAUUGAGAACUUUGCCGGCUUGCAACAUUUGUUCAACCGGCAGUUUGCCAGCAGCAGUACUCAUGACCUGACGGUCUUCGAGUUGGUCACCCUGAAGCAAAGAAAGGAAGAAACACUAAGAGCGUUCAUGGAUCGCUAUCAGAAAAUCGUCCGACGAGUGAAGGGCUUAAGCUCGGAACUGUCCCUAUAUUACAUCCUUCCCGCCAUCAAACCUGAACUGUUUAAAGACAACAUCUGUCGACGGGCGCCCAAGACCAUGGAAGAGAUACGGGAAAGGGCGGGUGAUGAAAUAAGGGUGGAGGAAAUGAAGCUAUCCUAUAAGAAGCAGAAGCAGGAAAACAAGGGAGAGAGGACAGACGGAGGAAAGUCGGGUGGUCAGGUUGGGAAGCCUGGGGGGUUCAGACAGAGAGAACCGCCCCGGGGCCCCCAAUUCCAGCAGUACACCCCAUUGAACGCCCCCAGGAGAAGAUUUUCCGAGAAGCGUUAA